AUAUCCAGUGAGGCUCUCCUGAUUUUUAGUUACCAUGUAUUUGUGAACUACAAACACAAGAUUUAUUCUCCAAUAUUAUAAAGUUAAAGAAAUACAGCAAAAAAGUUUAACUCCAUUAUUGAGCCAAAAGAAAAGGUUAAAAAUCAAGAAAACAAAGGCUUUGGGGAGGGAAGGAAGGAAAACAGUUUCCUUCCAGUCAAAGAAAUAAUAUCUUAUAGAUUGUUUAUUUAUUUUCUUUAAAUGGGGAAACAAGAACCAGACCCAAAGUCUUUGGAUGAUUCAAAUUCAACACAUAAACCUGACACAUCAACUGUUGAUGUGCCUGUAGCUACGAAUAUGGCAAUACCUUCAAUUCCAUCGUCAUUGCUUCCUCAACCUUCUUGGUUUACUGCCAAAAGGUUGCUUGCGGUAUUCUGUGUGAUCAACUUAAUAAAUUACGUGGAUCGUGGAACUAUUGCGAGCAAUGGUGUUAAUGGAAACCGUCGAACUUGUACGAAAGAUGGUACAUGUUCUUCUGGCAGCGGAAUUCAGGGUGAAUUUAAUUUGAGUAAUUUUCAGGAUGGGGUCAUAUCAUCUGCUUUCAUGGUUGGGCUUCUGGUGGCAUCUCCAAUAUUUGCCUCCUUCGCCAAGAGGGUCAAUCCGUUUAGACUUAUUGGAGUUGGACUGACAGUGUGGACAAUAGCUAUUGUUGGUUGUGGUUUCUCAAUUAAUUUCUGGUUCAUUGCAACAUGCAGAAUGCUGGUGGGUGUUGGUGAGGCAUCUUUCAUAAGCCUUGCUGCUCCUUUUAUUGAUGAUAACGCGCCUGUUGCUCAGAAAACAGCAUGGCUGGGAAUAUUUUACAUGUGUAUACCAACUGGGGUAGCAUUUGGCUAUGUAUAUGGUGGACUGGUUGGCAAUAAUCUUAGCUGGCGUUGGGCAUUUUGGAUAGAGGCAUUACUAAUGCUUCCCUUUGCAGUUUUAGGUUUAUUUAUGAAACCAUUGCAAUUAAAAGGAUUCUCUCACACCGGAUCAAAAAAACCAUUAACUUCUCCUCUGACUGCUUGCCCAGAAGAAGCUGUUUUGAAUUGUAGCAAUGGUUUGUCAUCAACACGGGAAGAUCCCAAGGAUGGCUCGAAAGGUGCUCCUAGCAAUUUGAAUGAGUUGGCAAGAUUUUGGAAGGAUCUGAAAAUGCUUCAUCUUGAAAAGACUUAUGUCAUCAAUGUCCUAGGAUACAUAGCAUAUAAUUUUGUAAUUGGUGCAUAUUCCUAUUGGGGACCCAAGGCUGGUUAUUACAUAUACCAUAUGAAAAAUGCAGACAUGAUGUUUGGAGGUAUUACUGUUAUAUCUGGAAUAUUCGGAACCUUGGCCGGAGGCUUUGUUUUGGAUCGAAUGACGUCCACAAUAUCCAAUGCCUUUAAGCUUCUCUCAGUGGCAACAUUUCUUGGAGCAAUAUUUUGCUUUGCUGCCUUUUGUUUUAAGAGUUUAUAUGCUUUCAUCCCUCUUUUUGCAAUAGGAGAACUGCUUGUAUUUGCAACACAGGGCCCUGUAAACUAUGUCUGUCUCCAUUCCGUCAAUCCAGGUUUGAGACCACUGGCUAUGGCGAUGUCUACUGUUUCAAUUCACAUAUUUGGUGAUGUGCCUUCCUCUCCUCUUGUGGGGGUUGUCCAGGAUCGCAUUAACAAUUGGAGGGUCACUGCUUUGAUGUUGACAUCAGUUCUAUUUAUAGCGGCUGGAAUAUGGUUUAUAGGCAUCUUUAUUCACAGCGUUGAUAGAUCCAACGAAGAUAGUGAGAAUCAAAUAAGUGAUGCCGAGAGAGCAAGGUCACAACCAUUGCUCAAGGAGAAAAGUAAUGAACCAAUUGAGGUCCCUGUUGAAUCCUCCUAGUAUUUGGUCGUGUAGCUACUGGACAAACGAAAUGUAAAUUCUUUGGUUCUUUUUCUCUUGAUAAUGGUUGUUUUUGGGCCCGGUUUUGCACGUACCUCGACUAUUUCACCUUUGUACCUGCCACCUCCCAUUGGCACAUGUACCAUAUAACUCUGUCCUCCGAGGCUUAAUGUAAAUUCUUUGAUUCUUAUCUUUGUGUAAAUAAUGUUGCAAAUCCAUCAAGAGAAGUAGUUGAAUUUGUUCA